AUGGCUAGCCAAACCACGCCCAUCAACGCUGCAGCAGUGUACUCCGAGAAGACCUACAAUACACAUCUGAAAGAUGGCUCCGACUCAUCGCUCAGCUCAAGACACAAACACGAUAACCUCGCCGAAGCACAAACAAUCUUCGACGAUGCCACAGCUCGCCGCAUCACACGCCGCGUGGACCGGCGACUCAUCCCAGCUCUAGGACUCAUGUACGGCGUCUCCCUCAUGGACCGUAAGAAUGUCUCGAAUGCCUACAUCGCCGGAAUGCGGCAAGAUCUCAACUUGAUCUCGUACCGCUAUUCGCUGAUCACAUUGACAUUCUUCAUAACGUAUGUCAUCUUUCAGCCACCCUUGACGUACCUGUGUCGCAAGAUUGGGCCUCCGAUAUUCUUGCCGGCAUCAGAUCUGGGGUGGCGUGAUCAUCGGCUUUGGAUUCACUUGAAGCUGGAGUACGCUUGUUGGGCUGAGGCUGCUGUUGUGUCUUUUGGAAGCUGGCGUCUUCCCUGGUACGAAGUUGCGAAGCGGUACGGUGCUUUCUAUCCGAUCGGAUCGCUGGCAUCAGCUCUCUCGGGCAUAUUGGCUUAUGGACUCAUGCAAAUGGGAGGUGUGGCAGGAAUACGCGGUUGGCGAUGGAUCUUCAUCAUGGAAGGCGUCAUCACCUGCUCUCUAGGUCUACUCGGCUAA